ACCGGACGUCUUAUCUUUUAGGCCACGACGACUUAACUCGGCUUCGAUUUUAGCUUAAUGAACCUCAGUAAAUUAGAAUUCUUUUUUUUUUUCACUUUGGUAUUUCAUAUUUCACUUAUUUUUUAAAUCCUUGUUGUAUUUCUUAUGCUUGUCCAAGUUGACAUUCAAAUAAAAAAAUCACUAUGAUUUGACAUUUUCUGUCGACUGUCGAAUCUACCUAUCCAUUAUUUUGAUUGUGCGAAUUACGUAUAAGUUUUUCAACGAUAAAAUCUAUAAAAUGGAUUUCAGGAUUAAAAUAUAUCUAUUUAUGUCUUGUUUGUAUUGUUCAAUAUUUCCAAUUUACGGUGAAGAUGUGUGCCUGAAAAAAAGUGCGUGCGUUUGUGAGUUUUCCAACGGCACCGGAAUAGAUUUGUCUUCGGCCAGUAAAUCGACAUUUUUUUCUGCUCAAACUUUUGAAGUAGCUCCAGCAACAAAUGCGAUUGAACUUAGUACUUAUUACUAUCAUCCUUGCUAUGACAUACUUCUAAAACCGAAUUCUACAACUGUUAACAAUACUUGUACAGUACCGACAGCCAUUUGCAGACACAGAGAAGUGCUUCAUGCUGUUGAUGGUACACCAGACACAUAUAAAAAGGAUCUAAAUGUGUAUGAUUUAAUUGGCAAUACUGAUAAAUCGGUAUUUAGUGCUAAAGGAGAUGCAAUAGUUUACACUCAUGGUCCAUCAAAUACAACAGUUCUCCUCAUUUGCUCUCUGUCUGAUGGUGAAUUGCAAAUUUUCUCUUUAGCAGAGCCAAAUAACCUUGUUCUAGCUUUCUACUCGCAAAGUGCUUGUUUAAAGCAAAUUGAUUCCGGAAGAUCUGUUGGCUCGACUUUGUUAAUAAUAUUCUUUUCGUUUGUCAUAUUUUACUUGGUCCUCGGAGUUUGCACCAAGAAAUUCCUGAUGGGUGCAACUGGUGUGGAAGUUAUACCCAAUCUAGGAUUUUGGACAGAUCUGCCCAAUCUUGUUAAGGAUGGAUGGGCAUUUAUGUUAAGCGGCUUCAAACUGCCAGCUCGUAGCGCUGGGCCUACACUGUCGCCUGACCCCAACAGCUAUGACAGCAUAUAACAUCAGACCGACGAGCCUCUAUCCGAGGGGCACCUCGUGCUCAUCGAGUGAAUCUUUGAUGAGCUACAUAUUAAAGGACAUUAGUGUUGAUGUGCUAACAUAUAUACAUUGUAAACAUUAUACACAAGUACAGUUAUUUCGAAUAUGAUCUGCUAUUUCAAGAUGUUUUAUCCUUUAGAUUUUACGUACAAUGAAAAAAUAUUGAAAUGUAUUGGUAAGUAAUCAAAAUAACACGUUUUUAUUAAUACAAAACAAAUAGAACUAUGCUAUAUUUCCUUUGCUUUUUAAAACGAUCAAAUCAAAAUAGUCAUACAAUGCAUCAACAUUUCUUGUCUUUGUGUGUAGGCGUAUGCUGUUUUUAGCGCCAUUAAAAAACUAGACUUUUCAGAUAUAAGAAUUUUAGACACGUUUUAUUGUUUUAAUUGGAGCCGGCUUAUUACGGCAAGGGACCGGUUUAUACAUUUUCAAUUCCCACCAUGUACUAUGCCUAAAGCGCCCGACGUCUAAAGAGCAAAAGACUGGUUUCACGAUCAACGUAUAAUAAUUAGUAUUGUGGCAUAGAAAGCGGAUCUAGAGUUUUAUGACGUCUCGUCAAAUAUAACAGAUUACAAAAAAAAAAAACGCGACAAAUAAAGUGUAGCGAGUAUGCGUACCGUAAUAAGAAUAACUCGGACUGGGUUACGGACCCUGUGAUACAGUAAUUAGAGUCGUUAAUUGCUUGGCCUUCGUGGCGAAAGAGUAAUCUCUGUGUUGAUCUCAACAAUGCGAUGGACUCUGCGUUCGGUACGAGCUUUUGUAAUAUCCAUCUCAUUUCAUCUUUUUUUUUUUGUAAUACAGUAAAAGAAACUAGUCAAUAAAAUUUCGGGAUGGCAUUUAGCCGCAACACUAAAAAAAAAAGAUUUUUUUGAAAAUGGAAAGGCAAUAUUGUACAUGCAUAAUUUCACAGCUCGUCAACGGGGCGGAUAGCAUUGCUCGUUAGAUCGAAUUUCCAAAUGUCAUUGUUCGGUAAUUAAUUCUCCAAUAAAAUUAUUUCUAGCACAGUUCAGACUGGAAUUCUUCAUUAGGUGACAAAUACACGUUUAUAUAAAUAAAAAAUAGCCGAACAACAAAAUAAUCUAACAAAAAAUGCUUGCGUUUUGCUAAUGUACUAGUAAUUAAGAUCAAGGUCGUUGUUUCGUCUCCAUCCAGCCUAUUUCUAUGGCAGCCGUGCAAUCCGGUUUCAAAUGGUAGAUCGGUAAUUAGAAUAAAAUUGAGAAGUUUAUUUCUCAAAGUUUGCAAUGUGAAAACAUUCAGCCGGCGUGCUUCAAACUUCUAGUUUAAAUGUAGUGAGAAAUUAUUUUCCUUCGGGAAAACUCGGAUCUUUAUCGGGAUACGAUGACACCCGAACUGUCAAUGAAUGAUCGUAAUAAAUAAGUGACAUUUUCAUAUCUAUUUUAAGGACCUUUAUUUUUUAGUAUCAAAUGUCAAAAUGGAUAAUGUCAUUGUAUAAUAUAGAGAUGCUACAAAAAACGGUAUAUUUACCAGUGUAUUAUACGAAAUGAGUUCCCGAGAUUUUUAUGUAAUUAUUGCUACGUUCGGGAUGUGUGAAUAUAAGUUUCGUCAGAAUACGCAAUAUCUCUGCCUUCAGAUCUGUGCUUCCUUAUUAAGUCUAGGUACUUUACUAUUUUAAGUCUAACGUCAUCUUUUUCCAUCAGCAUUUUCGUAUUAUUAGUAAUUUUCUUGAAUAAAAAAACCAUUUGGUGAAGUAUUCUUCUUAGUGAAAAAUCACAUCCUUUAAAAUUGCUUUUAUUGUAGGGACCUGUUUAUAAAUGAGAUGAAAGUUAUUAACCAUUCGUCGUAUCACUGCAUAAUUAAAAUCAUCAAGAUCUAGAUAGAAUUUCUUGCGUGGUCUACCCAGCUUAAUUUUGUUUGUGUUAGUAUUGUUUUUAUUUCUUUGUUCUACCUGGUUCAAAAUUUUUCUUAUUGUUGGUCUAGAUGUGCCCGUUGCGUUCGAAAUUCUCUGUUGAACUUUGCCAACAUACUCAGAGUUGUUGCUAUUUUUGAACUUGCUCUUUUCCAAUAUGAAGUACAGGUAAAUAUUAAAUAUAAUUCCUGGGAUGGGAUUUUUUUACCGUUUUCGAGGUUUCGGUGUGGCUAUACAACCUUUUUAUAAGUAAUCUGAAAAUAUGAUUAAAACUAUAGCGAAUAUUUGAAUUGCGUAUUAUGUACUCUUUAUAUAUAUAUUGGUCUGAUGGUUUGCCUUACGCCUAGGGCUCUAAGAUGGGUAGGUACUGAAGCUAUUUGAGAGAGCACGUUAAAUACGAAUUUUUCCGAAAAAAUACGAAGAAAAAUCUUUUCUCACGAUAUCUAUAAGCUGUUAAAAUGAUUCAUCGACUUUAUUUUUUUACUUUUUUUAGGCUGAAUCUUAGCAACACCUUCUAUUGAUCAUAAUCGUGAAAUAUUUUCGCAGUAGCACCUAUAUUUGUUAAAAUUAUGUUAUGAUUAAUUAUUUACAAUUAAUAAAUCUUGAAAUCUCUUCCUACAUUGUGAGGGUGACGAUAUAAUUUUAAAUCGCACCACGCAUAAGGUGUUUCACGGUCGCGGAUAAAAUAAUUUUUCGACUUAGUACUUCAGCUACAAUAUUAUUAUAGUUAUUUCGCAUUUCAUUAUUUUAUGGAAUUUUCAGACACGAAUAUGUGUCGACAAGUUCAAUGUGACUUAUCUCUAGGUCUAUGUUACCAAAUAUUGCUCUCCCGUAUCAUUUGAUAGGUUUUAUAAUAAUUAUUUUGACGGAGUCAUUUUAAUGAUUCAUUGAUUCUUGGCAAUAUAUGAAUUGACCAAUAAGGUUUUAUUCUGUUUAAUACGAUACCGUCAUCCUCAUCGCGUAAAUUGCCAAUAUCCGAAGCUUCUAGAAUUUUUAAAUACGUAAAUACAUAGCACAUUGCAUUUUUUGUAAACCAAAGCAGAAUCUUGCCCCUCUAGUGUCCCUAUACAUUCUACGUUAAUUUAAUACAUUUACUUCUAUUUAAAAAUAUUUUUACCGUUUAAUCUCGCCUUCUUUAUUUUCACGAAUCACGAGAAUUGUAAAGUACUCCCAUCAUUUAAAAUAAUUAAAUAGAAAUAAAAAAAGCGAGAUUAAAUGGCAAAAGUUGUUCUAAAUAUGUCUAUGAAAACCGAAGAAAAUGUUAUGUUUAGUUUGUGUUAUAAUAUGUAUCGUAAACAUAUUGUAAAGAAAGAUCGACACAGCUAUUAUUGCAUUACGAAAUAACGUAGUGGUACUAGUACUAAAGAAAAUAAUAAAUAUUUUCUGGACUCCUGAUAUAUAGGGCGGCACUAGUUUAGGCCCAUUGCACAUUAUUAAAUAUUUUACCUUGAAUUGUAAUUUCAGCGUCUAUAAUAAAUGUCUUUAGAACCUUUAUAUUAUUGUGAAUUGUGAGACUAUACGUAUACAGUUGUAAUCAUGUUUUGGAUUUUCUUUUUUAAAUAAACCACUUUAUUUUUAUCAGUAUUUAUUUUUAUCUGUAUAUUGAAUCAUGAUUUGAAUUAGUAGUCUAUAUUAUCUGACAAGAUCGAGUACCUAGUCUGUCAUUCUGAAUAUGAAAUGAAAUUGUCGUAGGGUAUUUAUAUGCAAUUGUCGCAUUCAACCGAUUCGCAUUCAUAACCAAUAAGAACUGUCGACAAGCGAACGAAAAUCGUGACAUUACGAAAUGAAAAUCGUCUGGUUCUCGAAUGACGAAUAUAUUUUGCAAUAUUUGCUGAUACAAGACAAAAAUGGUUUCGUGUUAUUCUUACAUAAACGAUAGAUAAUUUCCAUGUUGCAUGCCGAUUGAGAGUAAUAAUACAAUACCUACAAUAAUACAUAAUAAUACAUAAUGCAUAACAAUAAUAAUACAUACAAUAAUAAUAAUAUAAUACAAUACAAUACCUUGUGAUUGAAUUAACGCUCUUUGUGCGUAUAAUUUUUAUUGUCUCAUUUAGUUUUAGACUGUAUGGACAAAGAAGUAUGAAUAUACAGACGUUUGGUCUUAUUGCUAGUACGUGCUCUUAAAUGCAAUAACAGCAAUUUCGGAUUUCUGUAAAUCUGAGCCGAAUCAACGGGAAUUCCGUCAUAAAUCAAGUAUAGUAUCGCACGUAAAUAUGUCUAAUAUAUAUUCAGUUCAACGUAAUGUAUUUUAUGUAAACAAAUGUAUUUAACGUGCGAUUAAAUAACUCAAGAGAAUAUGGUAUGAUUUUAAGUUGGAUGACGGCAUUCACAUUGUGAUGGGCUCUGGUAUUUAACCGCUUGAAAAAAAACAAAAACUUCCCUCUUUUGAGUGUUUGUAUGAUUUUCAUUUCACGAAUGUAACAUGUUACAGUAUAUUUAAAUAGAAAUUUAUAAUUAAAAAAGGAUCAAUAUUUUUAGAUUGAACAUAAAUGUUACGAUUGUGGUGAAGACGUAGCAAUUUUAAUCUUUUAGAGUGGAUAAUUUUAAGAUAAAACAUGUUUAGUGUUAUUUGUAAAUUAAUUGGUAGAUUCAGUUUCCUCUAUAUAUCCUUUCCAUCUUUCUUAAUUUGUCAUAUUAAUUUACAAAUAUAAAAAUCUAAAUAGUUCUGUAUUCGAUAAAAUAGUCGCACGCGUAAGUCUUGUUAAAAGAUUCAUCAUCUGUGAACAAAACAAAAUCUAGUAAAAAACGGACAAUUCGUGUUAAGGAUGAAUUACAACCUUAAAAGUUUAAUAUGAUUAGGGCAUUGCGAUUUAAAAAGACAAAAUUUUCGUUUUUGGACAAUAUGAACUUUAAGUACUUUUCUAUGUAUUUUUAUAAAACAAAGAACGUAUCUCAAUUUGUUUUUUUAUUUAUAUAUAUUGCAUAUCAUAUAGGCCGUAACGAAAUCUAUCUUGAAGUCGUUUAACAAAAAUUUUAUACCAUCGAGAUAUUAUGUACUACGUACAAUCUCGAUGUAGGUAGGCCCUUUGCGGUAGGCAGCGGCUUGGCUCUGCCCUUGGCAUUGCUGAAGUCCAUGGGCGACGGUAACCACUCACCAUCAAGUGGGCCGUAUGCUCGUCUGCCUACAAAGGCAAUAAAAAAAAAAAUGUUUUAUACUAACUUAACAUAACGCGAAAAUAACACAAAUUUUUUGGUCUAAAUGCCCAGAACUAAAGUAAGUAAAGAGUAAAGUAGGUAAAGAACAUGCGCCAACAAAAGUCGCAUUGGUGGCCUAUAUGUAGUACUUGUUUCGAACGUAGAGACGUACCUAAAUGUUCUGCAUACCCACAUACGGAUUUUUUUUAUUGCUUAGAUGGGUGGACGAGCUCACAGCCCACCUGGUGUUAAGUGGUUACUGGAGCCCAUGGACAUCUACAACGUAAAUGCGCCACCCACCUUGAGAUGUAAGUUCUAAGAUCUCAGUAUAGUUACAACGGCUGCCCACCCUUCAAACCGAAACGCAUUACUGCUUCACAGCAGAAAUAGACAGGGCGGCGGUACCUACCCGCGCGGACUCACAAGAGGUCCUACCACCAGUAGUCCGAAUAUUGUAACUUUUAAAAUAGAAGAAUUACAUUUUAUCGGUAAGUACAACUUUAUAAUUUUAGUGCUUUUUUAUGUUACGUACAUAAGUACUUUAUAGUAAAUUGCAAGUUAUAUGAUUAUGAUAUCGAAUCGUUUUGUUAAUAUCAACAUAAAUUGAUGCUCAUGCAAAUUUGAUGUGCAAUAAAUAACAUCGCUUUGUGUGUGAAUUUCUAGUAACGUAGCGAAAUAGCGGCUAGCUUCCGCAGAAGGAACCAGUCGUAUUUUUAGAAUAUUUUUUUAAAUAUAAACAAUUUUAAUGUCAUGUUUGUGAACUUUAAUUUAAAAAAAAUAUGUAUAAUGUGCAAAUAUAAAAUGUCACUUUUAUAGAUGUGGCACUAUGCACCGCACCUAGUUACUAAUGUGACAAAAAAUUCAAAAGACGUUGAAGAGUUUAUAGUUUUAUAAUAUUGAAAAAAUGAGUUUGAGACACUUGUACCUUCAAGUUCGUCAUAUUUUUCAGACGGUAUACAAACUCAAAUGCCCCUCAGCCUUUCUCUGUUCACAAACAUGACAACAAAAAAUGAUGGCCUCAUCAUAAUACUAUAGUAACAUGGUGCCACCCUAUUUGGCAAAAUCCGUAACUCAUACAAAUGUUCAAAUCUUGCCACCGCAUUCUUUAUCAAACUCACGACCGUUGCCCAAAUACUCUUAUUCUUGUGUAACUCGUUAAUUAUUAAAGCCCUAUUUGACAUUUCACACACUAAGUUUUAGCAUUGAAAUUAAAGUGAAAUUUAUUCAUGAAUUGAUAGCAAAUAUUUGGGAGAAUUGUUUAUUUUGGUACUAAAGUUGUGGGAAAUGCAAACUGGUGUUUCACCCUGCGAAUGCAGCUCUGUUUUAGUACUAAAGUUUUGGGAAAUACAAACUGGUGUUACACCCUGAGAGUGCUCUCUCGAUAUCAAUUGUAUUGUUUGUUUAGACUUCCGACUUUAAAUAAUUCCUUCCAGUUUCAAAGUAAUACGUCCGUAUCUGCGGUCAACAACUUCCCUACCUUUGGUUACGCGGAAUCCACCAUCGAUCUAUUUAAUAUUUACGAAACUAGAGCCUAGUGAGAUUUUACGCAAACAACUGUCGUACAAGCUUUUAAAUUUUUUGUUAAGCGAGUUUUAAACGCUGAAUCAAAUACCUAACUAUAUUUUUAACCGAUAAACGUUACUUCGGUUGUGUUUAGUUAGUAUAGUAUUAAAUCACCCUUUCGGCUUGGAACUUUUCAUUUAUACAUAUUAUUAUAAUCUGCAUCGGAUAUAUUUUUAAAAAAAAGUUAGCGUUUUUUAAGUACUCCAUUUUUGUAGUUUUAGUUUUAAUCAUCUGUCCAUAGGUUAUUUUGUAUUUGUUGUAACAUUACUGGUGUUAAUUUUUUUAAAUAAAUUUUUGUUUAUUCAUU